AUGGCAUUACUACAGUCUACUUUGAUAUGGAUAGUAUACGCGAUCGUUGUUGUUAUCCUCAUUGCAGUGGCAUCUAUCUUCUUUUACGUCUACCAAACGCCCCGCGAGCGGUCUGCGUAUGUGACUGCAGUUUGCAUAUUUACCCUCACGGCGUUGCUUGCCACAGUGCUUUUACUACCAGUUGAUGUGGCUUUGGUAUCGUCGACCACUUCAUCCAAGCAGGGCAGAAGAAAGCCUUGGGCAACGCAGGAUGAGGUUGACAAAAUCACUUACUCAUUAACAGUCGUUUAUUACUCCCUUUACUCUCUGGACGCGGUGCUCUGUCUCCUAGUGGUGCCGUUCACUUACUUCUGGUACGAAGAAUAUGAUGAAGUUGCAGCUGAAGAAGGCUUGCAGACCUGGGGGAAGAGAUUUCGGGGAGCUUUCAAAUACACCAUAGCCUUUAUUCUGUUCGCAGUUACCCUGUUUCUCGUUGGAUUUUUUGUUCCUGUGGCGCGAAACAGGGAAGCGCCAAACUUUGAUCUAGAUUAUUUUAGAAAGUUGUUAACAGAAAAUCACGGGGAACGAGCUCUAACCUUUGGCCUUGCCCAACCCUCAAAGCCAGCACACGCUUCGCGGCUAGAGGAGAAUAUCGAGCGCCAGCGGCAGUUAGAAGGCCGAUGUGGCGGAAAUCUGGACACCCUAUCUUCAAAGCAGCGAAGGGAACUUGAUUCUCUAGUGCGGGAGGAACGAACUUUACGACGACGGCAACGCUUGGCAGCAGAGGCUCAACAAGACAGGGGCACCUGGCUCUUGAAAGCGUGGUUUAAGAUUUCGGCGAUCUUCCGCCCGCUUAAACUCCUUGGUGGUCUUCUUUUACUUGGUAUCGCGGUAUUAAUAUGGUGCUCCAUGCUCCUAACCGGCAUAGACAAGGCGAAUAAUUCCGUCUGCAAAGGCCAAUGCGGCUAUAUCUUGGGCAAAAUAAAUAUUUUCAAUCCCAUCAACUGGGCAUUCGUCGAGUCUGCCAAAACCUUCCCAGUCGAUUAUGUUCUUUUCGUUCUCCUAGUUCUCAUUUUCUUCUGCAGCUCCAUCGUUGGAAUCGCUGCAAUAGGAGUACGCUUUUUCUGGAUCAGUAUAUUCCAGAUCCGCAAGGGCCAUACGUCACCUCAGGCACUGCUUAUCGCGACGGUGAUGUUGACUCUGAUCACGCUUGCACUCAAUUAUUCCAUCUCAAUGAUCGUGGCCCCGCAGUAUGCGACAUACGGCCCACAGACCUUCUGCGACCAUCCACCCGAGUAUCCCGGUGAACAGCCGGAUUGCACAGGGCUCGAACCUCUCAUUAAACCUUGCUCUGAACUAGCAGAGAGCCCUUCUGCUAAGAACAUUUGCACACCGUCGGUUGUCAGCACAUUCCUGAACCGCAUCACGUUGAAUUUCCCAGUCUUCGGCAUAUUCGAUUUCUGGGCGCAGUUCUUCUUUCUAGGAUUUUCCCUGAUCGCCUUUCUCGUCAUGUUAUUCCGCACACCAAAGCUGGACGAGCGGCAACUCGACGAGGAUGCGGAGGAAGCAGAGGAGGAAGGGCUACUUGCAGCUACGGGGAGUAGAUUCGGAACUACAUGGGAAGAUAUAACGGGACGAGCAAUCACGGCCGAUAUUUCCGGUUCGGCUGGUCGAGGAACUCGGGAGUGA